UUUGGUCACCCUAGUCUUUCCCUCUUUUUGUCGUUCGAGCUUCUGAUAAUUCUCAUAAUAUGUAAUAUUCCAGCUUUAAAUUCAGAUUGUGGGGAUUUUAUGACUAAACAAAUGUGGCUGAACAAGCGCGGUUGGCGUUAUUAGCCAGUUUAUGGCAUAUUUAACUGAACAGUAUUGUUGACAGUCACAGUCAGUGUGGACUGAAGUAGGUGAAGAAAAAAAUAUAUAUUUCCCAAACUAUGAUUCAUUAAAAUUUUGUUUAUGCUAUUAUAUUAUCAUUAUGUCACUGGCAUUUAUUUCUCUAAAUCACAUUAUCACAUUAAUAAUGGCACUGCCAGCAUUAGUCACCAGAGGGCAGGGAGCUUCUUGCUAGGGGUGUGACAAGACCCUCAUCUCAUGAGACGAGCCAUGAUAUUGGGUUCACGAGACGAGAUGAGAUUUUAACUUUAAUAUAUUCAUUUCAAAAUUGAAAUAUAUGAUGAAAAUAUUUUAUUUGACUGAAACUCACAAAAUGCAAAGCUGCAGGUGAAUUUUGUAAGUAAUCAUUUUGCAACAGAUGUCAAUCAAACUUUACUCUGAUUAUGAAUUAUGUAUAGUUCCGAUUAACCAUAUGCAGUAAAUACAGAACAUUGUGCAUGUACUGCAGCCGGUUUUACCAUAAACCCAACAACUUCUCUCUUCAGACCUUUUCCCUAAUCUGUAUUCUCUUUUUUCCAUUGGAACUUUGGCUUUAUAUUCCAACUUAAAAAUGCAGAGAAUGUGCCAUUUUACUGGAGCUCUUCGUGUUCAAGGCCCGUGGUUUUUGCUGUAUACUAAUGUUUAGUUUUGAACCUGGUACAGGCUUGUCUUGUUGAUCUUCCUAUAGUCAAAGACAAGUUUGGGACUCCCGGUUGCAUCUGAACUGUACAUUUGUGAUGAAAGUGACACGGCAGUGGAGGAAGACAUCCUUCUUGAACUGAUGGAGGCCAAUCCUGACUUAUGCCUGACAGUACGUGACGGUGAGUCUGAUGAAGAUCAAUCCGCAUCAUCUUCCCUCACGGAUACCCUGUCACCUUCAAGUGACAAUGACCUCUUUAGUCGACACUCCAGAGACAGACCUGUUCAUAACUUCAGAGAUGGGAACCCACCUACCACAGUGUUUUCUGAGGCUGAGGCUGCAAAAGAGAUGGUAGAAAAUGCCUUGGUUAUGAAACCUGGAGGUCAAGAUGUCCUUGAAGUGUACAAGUCAGAGAAAUCGCUGAAUCAUCGGACCCGGAGACAGCUUGUCAACAUAUUGGCCAGCCAUAUGACUGAGAUGCGUGGGAGGAUUCCAUCCCGUAAACAGAAGGAGAAGUAUGCCCUGGGGAUCAUUACACUCUUUCCUUCACUGAAGGAUCCUUUUUCUCCAAAGGGCUAUCUGAAUCAAGACUUUGUGCUGCUGUUUGGUGAGGAAACAUCCUCCAGGUUACUUGAGAAGUGGGACAGGACCUUCAAGCCGAAGGUUAUCGAAGAGUCCAAACACCUGACUAAGUCAACGGAGCUGCACCGACUUCUAAACGCUGCUGAGAAACAUGCAGAGGAUGAUGACACCAACUGGGACAGUGACAUGGCUUCUUUGCUGCUUCUUCUCCAUCUCUUGCCACCGACAGCAGGACGAAAGAGAAUCAACAUUAGUGCCAGUGAUGCAGAGGACAAAAUGGUGCACUUUCACAAGUCAUGCUGCAGCAUUGAUGAACAUCUGCGAGGAACAGAGGGUAAACAACCUUACAUCCUUGCUGUUGGCCGGGCUCAGAAGAGAAUCCACACAUUCUACAUCGUUGUGGACAAGCAGCUAAUCCCUUGCCAAGCCACCAGAUCCUUGGGUGCCUUUGAUGAGCUGUUCAAGUCUCACUACGUGUUCAAUCUUUCUUAUGAUGAGUUCCUGGUCCAUUUCUACACAUUUGUGCAGACAACAGUCUACAGCACUGACAUUACAACAACAGAUGAGUCUCCAAGAGUUCGUGAGUUUCGGGCAAAGCUUUUCAACUAGGUUAAAUGUUUAAAUGUUUAGAUGUGAUCAAAGCAGACAGUCUUGUAUAUUAUAAGCCCUUCGAUUUACAAAGAGCCUGUGGUGAAGAUGAAAGCCUAUAUAUUGUACCCAUGUUUUCUUUGUAACUGUGCUCAUGUUUCAGUUGUUCCCAAUCUACAUGGUGCUUGGGAGGUUUUUCUUUUGAAUAAAGAGUUCAAAAUUA